GCUAGAGGGCGGGGCCCGCGACAUUUUCUAGGCUAAGGCUGUUCGUCCAGGACAGAACUGGAAAAGAUCGGGACCCGCGGGUACUUAACUGAAAAGUCAGCCUCAUUGCUGCAACCAAACCAAAUGCCUUCUUCCACUUCUUCCAACCAAGGAGAUGACCAGGAAGCCUGUGUUUUAAAAUUUUCUGACUUGGAUUUAAAAGAUAGAAAUCUUACUCACCCAAGCAUCAAUCUCAAGGCAGAGUUAGAUGGCAUUACAAAAAAGAAAUAUUCAUUUGCAAAGAAAAAGGCCUUCGCCCUGUUUGUCAAAACCAAACAAAUUCCAGCCCUUCCUUUUGAAUGUAAAGAAAAAUGGUGGAAAUGUUGUCAGCAGCUAUUCAUGGACCCAGUCUGCAUCCACAGACAUGUGGCAACACAACAUGCUGAUGAAAUUUAUCACCAGACUGCUUCUGUUUUAAAGCAGAUGCCUAUGACAUUGAGUACCUCAAAGAGUCUUAGGUCUGCAGAGAGAAAGAACCUUCUGAAAGAGUACCUCACUCACAGUCAUGAAGUGUCUGCUUGGCUUCCUGAUAUAAGCUGCUUUAGCCCAGAUCAGCUGAUAAGUGGCCAGGACUGUAAGGAAGGAGAGGUGCUGCUUUUUUACUGCUACAGUGACCUGGAGGAUCCCCACUGGGUCUGUGCCUGGCAGACAGCUUUGUGUCAGCACCUGCACCUCACAGGCAAGGUUCGAAUUGCUACUGAAGGGAUCAAUGGGACAGUUGGUGGGAGCAAAUUGGCCACCAGACUUUAUGUGGAAGUCAUGCUUUCUUGCCCAUUAUUUAAAGAUUAUCUGUGUAAGGAUGAUUUUAAGACCAGCAAAGGAGGAGCUCACUGUUUUCCAGAAUUGCGUGUUGGUGUAUUUGAAGAAAUCGUGCCAAUGGGGAUCAGCCCCAAUAAGAUCUCCUACAAGAAGUCUGGAAUACAUUUAUGCCCAGCUGAAUUUCACAAAGAAGUAGAAAAGUUUUUAUCUCAGGCAAGUCAAGAACAAAGCGAUACUGUCCUACUGGAUUGCAGAAACUUCUACGAAAGCAAAAUAGGACGAUUCCAGGGCUGCUUAGCCCCAGACAUCAGGAAAUUCAGUUACUUCCCUAGCUAUGUUGACAAGAACCUAGAGCUGUUCAGAGAAAAGAGAGUGCUUAUGUACUGCACCGGGGGCAUCCGUUGUGAGCGUGGUUCAGCCUAUCUCAAAGCCCAGGGAGUGUGUAAGGAAGUGUUCCAGCUCAAGGGUGGUAUCCACAAAUACUUAGAAGAAUUUCCUGAUGGCUUUUACAAGGGGAAGUUAUUUGUUUUUGAUGAGCGUUAUGCCUUGUCCUACAACAGUGAUGUGGUAUCAGCAUGUUCAUACUGUGGAGCCCAGUGGGACCAGUAUAAACUCUGCUCUACUCUGCAGUGCCGCCAGCUCGUUUUGACCUGUCCUUCCUGUCAAGGACAAGGAUUCACAGCCUGUUGUGUCACAUGCCAAGACAAAGGAAGCAGACAGGCUUCAGGCCCUACCCAGGACAGCUUUAAAGAGGAAUGUGAGUGUACAGCCCGGCGGCCACGCAUUCCAAGGGAACUCUCCCUGUAAGUCUAGAGCCAGGGCCCACACUGUUAGUGAGGAUGGGCCUUUGUGUGAGUGGCACAGUCAGAAUUCCCCAAGCCUUCACAGAGGUUUGGGGCAACUGUGUAAAGGAAAAUGUCAGGGUCAAGGAAACAAAU